GUCUUCUGAUAACUAGGGCUAGCUCAUCACCACACCAAAAGGAAAAACUUAGCAUACUUGAAAAGUUUUCAGCUCGUCUGUAGGAUAAAGAGAUUGAUCAAAGUAGGAGUCUUAACAGCACCAGAGUAAAACAUGGGAUUCCCUUUAUUUUAAACGCCGGAGUACAAUCAAGAGUCAAGACAACUUUCAUCAGUUAGGCUUUAAUUGCAUCGUGAGAGACCCAAAUAAAAUGCUUCUAAAUACCUUUUUUUAUUUAAUUGAAAGGGUAAAGGCAAGUUUCUAAAGAGCGUAUGGUUCGAAAUGAGAGGGAAGGGAGAGAUAAGGUAAAAAUGUACACAAUAAGGUGAGGUGAGGUGCAAGGCAAAAGGAAAUACGAUCAGAGAGAAAAGAUGCAAAAUGCGGGGCUUAACUUUUCGACUCCAGAUUAAUAAUCAGUGCCAUGUUACUGCCAAUGUUAAGUUUAACCACCGGAAAGGAAAUUGGUCAGCAACCCUGCUGUAGACAGUAUCCAAUGGGCGGGAAAGAACUACUGACGACGUUCACUGAUACGUGUUUGAUGCUGGAAGCCCGGAACAGCCGAGCAUAUAGUGACUGUUUCAGAUAAGCCAUGUAUACUACACUCAUACGUGACCAUACUCAAACAUAUUCAUGUACACUCAGUCGGACUGUCCACAGCACAUACAAACUAUAUCACCUACAAAAGAUACAGAUACCGACACUGCCUCCCGUAGCUACAGCAAUCUAGACUCCGUCUACAAUAGAUAAAGCUAUUUACGCUGAUUGUGAUAUAUACAGCCAUUAAAACAAUCUAAAAAAUUCAGUUAUCACAAUGAAUACAGCCAUCUACUCCUUGUACAUCAGAUACUGCUAUCUACACUACACACAGUUAUGGUCACAGCCUACGGAAGAUACAACGUUCCACACUGCUCGGCUACCCACGCGACGUAAAGCAGAUAUUUCUUUUUACAUAUGCGAGAUACAGUUAUCCACGUUAUCUAGAGUAAGUAAAAGAGUCACAUACGCCGUCUGGAGCAGAUACAGUUGUCUACAAUAUCUGUACUAGGUAUUGCUAGUUGUAUUUAAGGUAUAUAUACAAAGGAGAGAGCAGUGGUGCACAAGGCUGUAUCUACUGAAGAACGAGUAGAUUAACUAUCAACUUUAGACAGGUUGAUUGUGUAAUAUAUUAAGUCACAAUUUGAUCAGAUUUGAGCACAGCUUUUAAAUGAGGUAUCAGAUAAAGUGAGUGUUUUCCGUUCUUCUAUGAAGAACUAUUAAUUUUCUUAUUUACUAAUACUCCUCCUGCGACGGUCAGCGGUUUUCCAACUGAAAACAAAAACGACGAGAAAUUGCUGAAAGGCGCUAUAAUUGAAUCGGUUGCUUCUUGGUGAAAUUCUCCGCGUUGUAUGUCACCGUUUUUUCUGAUCCCCACAAGAACGUUCAACGUUUUAAAUGAAUGAUUUCUUAACGCGCUGCAGGGAUGAUUACCGGGUUGGAUUAACACAGAAUGAAAAAGAAUGGCUGCGGACGUUUUAUUAUGAUGUGGAAAAAUGCAUCCGACAAAAUGAAAGCGAAGCAGAGUUCGUCGAAGUAUGCCUGGCUGUGCUGCGUCAAAUCAAAGAUUUACGCAGUGUUGGAGAUGCAGAAGAUUAUCCAGACUGGCUUCCUGUCAGUCAGCAAGUUGUACCUCUUAAUACACUAUUUAGCAAUGAUGUGUGUGGAGGUUCUUUGUGUAGUCUAUUAGCUGAAGAAUGUUCAAUAUCAGAAUACAAGUUUGCUUCUAAAUUGCCUUUUAUUCUCUUGGGAUAUUUAACCUCACAACCCAAGUCUUUAAAAUCCAGAAAAGCUUCAGGCACUUUGUAUGUAGAGGACAACUUCACUGCAGUUGUUUGUGAGAUAAUAAAUCCCAGUGAAGAUUACCUUGAGAAACUUUUACUCAUCCCUCACUGGAACUAUGUUCCCUCAUCAUCUUCAUCAGCAGUUAAGGAAGAUGUAAAGAAUGGUCAUGGUGGUUACCUAGAGAUCAUCAACACAGGCACACCAAUUGUUGUUACUAAAACAAAUGUAGCUGAUAACAAACUCUCCACAAGUUAUGUUUUAAGUGUCAAAGAGUUUCAGGAACAAGGAAGCUUAACAAUCAACUUGAAUAUACAAGGAUCCAUUUUUGCACUGAGCCCAAUUCACAGCAUGAGUGUUGGCAAGCCUUUCUUUUUGGUCAAAAUUUUCUGCACUGAGACAAGCCUGACAACUUCCUUGGUGAUUCAAGGUGAACAGUUUAUGUUGUGGCACAAUUUCCUUCAAAUCAAUGAGCAGUAUGUGUUCCAUAACCUGAGAGAAACUACAAUGAACAAGGGAACACGAAACGAAAGAAAGAUCCUUGCCACUACACGCCGUUCAGACUUGAGGAAAUUCCGACCAAGAAACGUGAAACGAACUCACGAAGACGAACAGAGAGCAUCGAAGCGGCCAAGAAUCUCAAAGGAAAAAGAUGAGGUCCCGAAUAACCGUAGAACAUUUUCAAGUCAUAACGUCGCGAUGAGGUCAGCAGAAACCAACCCGGCUGAGGCAAAAAAUUCACAGCCAGAAAAACCAAAGAUACCGGUCAAUAUAACGUAUACGGGCGUUAUCACAGGAUGCAUCAACCGUGAAGCUGGAGUUUUUGAACUGGACAAUAAAAUAAGGCUGUAUAUAAGUCACCAGCCUUCUAUGAAUCUUGGUCGCGGUUUGCGUGUUGGGGCUCACGUGACAGCUUACAAUGUACACUUGUGUAAGAAAGGGAAGAGAACUCUUGGCCUGUGCUGCUGCACACAGAGUACUUUGCGGGUGGUGAAGUUCUCUCCUCUAGCUUCACCUUGGAAGCCUUUUAACCCAUGUGAGAGUCCCUUGGCUUUACUUGGACAAAAUCUCACUCUGGGUGAUUAUGUGGACCUGCUCGAGAUGUGCCAAAAAGUUUUGGAUAAAUUCUCUCCCCUCUACAGGACUAGGCAGCUUGUCGCUUACUCUGUUAAACAGAGCAGAAAAGAAAAAGAAGAUUUCCCGAAAGAGAGUGUAUUGGAAUUGUUGCUUUCCUUCGUAAAACGCAACUCGGUUACUGCAAAUGCUCCUUCAAGAAACAUUUAUGAUGAGUUCUUUGAGGUGCCGCAUGAAUGUCACCCAAAUCAUAGCAGUCUACUAACUUUCCCCUGGCUCCCCACAAUCAAAGAGUUCCUAGACACUGUUAGUCAGAUAAGCAGUAAGAAGCCUUGGUUGAGUGGAUUGCCUGGCAGAACAACAUCAUCGACACAGGAGAAGGAAGAAUGGACGUACAAAAUUUUGAGUCAAGAAAGCUUCAGUCGUCCGUUGAUUCUGGGUGGUUGUCUCGGGUACUCUUCAAAAACUGGCAGGUUGCGCUUGCUUGAUCAAACGGGAGAAAUCAACUGCAUGAUUGCAUCCAAAGACGAAAAACUCACAGAACAUGACUGCACAAAACACUGUUGCCAGAAAUCUAUUGUCGACGAUCAGUGCUCACGUUGUCCCUAUUCACAGAUCUGGAGUGUAAAUGCAGCGAUUCAAAUCAAUACGUUUGAGGUAGUUAUGGAGAAAUUUCAUUCGAGAGGUCUCGUUCAGGAAGAUUUGGGUGAAGAUCGAAAUCGAUUAUACGUGCAAUUCUCCUUUGACGAUACAGAAACCUUGAUUCCUAAAGACAAGGGUAAGGCGAAUAGAUAUUAUGGAAAAAGGACAAACACAUUUGAAGCUGGCACAAAGGAUGCAAGUUUAGAAAGGGAGCUCAACAGAAAUCUUGAAAGUAAAAGUGAUUAUUUUAUAUGCAAGGUUAUUUUUAUGGUUAGGAACUGCGAAGUGGCAGUGCUCCGACGAUUGAGAGAGGAAGUUUGCUAUCCUUGUGGUGUGGAAAUAAAAGUUGUCGCCGUUUGUAAAAGAAGAACUCAAGACAUGUCUGAGACAGAAAAAGCCGUUCCCUGCUGUUCAAAUUUCACUCAAUUUCUCUCGGACUUCAAGCUUCAAAAGAAGAACGCAGCUCUAAAACUUGAGAGGAAGAGCUUGUACUUAGUCAACGUUCUUCAUCCAGGAUGUUUCUACGUCUUGACUGAGACAGUCCUUGACGAAAAACAGUCCCAUUUGAUACAAAAUGGAGACGUAGAAGUACUGAUUAGUGUUAGCUCUGAUAUGCUUUUGGAGAGAAUAUGCUGGUGUGAAAGUUGUGACUUUAACUCGCCAAAGAAAACAGAAAGCAGCUGUGAUAUUAUCAAGGCACUCAAUGGUUUGAAGGAAGAUUUCUUGAAGAAUGAUACUCUGCUUAGUGUGGAUUCUGUUCUUGGUGAAGGAACCUUUACGGGAGUGAACGGCAACGAGAAGUCUCUAAAGCAAAGCACACAAGUGAGUUUCCAUGGGCUGAUUGUUAGCCGAGAUCUGCGCCAGUCAGACUGUCCUAGUCAGCGGCUUCCAAAUGAUCUGGUGGAACUGCCUAAGUUUGGUCCAGUUAAGAUGUCAGCUAUAAAAGAUCUACAGCUGGGCUUUACUCUAUUAGAAAACAAAAUCAUACAGCUGAGAGUGCGUGACUUAUGGUCAUCAAAUACCAUAUCUGUUUACCUGGACUUCAGACGAACCACUUACGUUGAUGGAAUUUUACCUGGCGCCGUUGUCCGAUUCCGAAGGUUGGUGAGAAAAUUCUCCCAAACCAGAAACAUGUACUGCACAUUUGAGGCUUGUUCUUCAAUUUUCGUGGAAAGACGAGCAGCAAAUAACUCAGAUACCAGCAUCCAGCCGACCCCACAUUAUUCACUCAACGUUGCAGCAUGUGCAUCUGGUGAAGCGCGCACCAAAGAACUUCCAAAUCAAUGUCUUUUCAGACUCAUUCAGAGCGAAGCACAAGGGAGGUUUGUUCAGACCAUUUCACGAGUAUGUUGCCGAGUAAUCGCUGUGCAGAGGGCGAGCCUGCGAUGGCUUUGUAAACGAUGCGGUGAACUGGUAGCUAGAAACGAGUGUGCCGCCUGUUGCUUCAGCUCCUCGGGAUCUAGGCUCAGUGCUGAAGCCAGAUGUGUUGUAGAAGACGGUACAGGCGAAGCUCAGGUUUACGUGUAUGACGACCUGGUGCCCACGUUAUUGAAACUUUCCAGUCAGCAGUGGCGUCAUCUUCAGGAUUUGGCUAUGCGCACUGGCGAGUUACUGUACCAGCGACAUUGGUAUGGUGCACGCGGGCGUGUGAAGAUCAAUGAGGGAAGCUUGUCCAGAGAAGCAGGAGCCAAAUUGAUCUGGGAGAAUCAUUGUGUUUCAUCUCAAGUCUCACGGCGAGUCGUGCUGUAUUGUAAAUUGUUUCGCUUUAAGAAGAAUGGUGCUAAUAACACAGAACAAGGUGAGAAACUCGUGUUGCGAUUUGUUCUUAGGGAAAGUUUGCCUAAUGCAGUUAUUAAGACGUGACAUUGGUAAGUGCGGAAAGAGAACAGAACAGCCAUGAAAUAUUCCUGUAAAUAAUUAGAUUUUUUUUUCAAGCGGUGUUGUUAUCUGAUAUGUCUUAUUCUUGUUCCAGGUUACGAGUCUCGUAGUAUUACUGUGGGUUCCACAGAACACUCUACUCUCGUGUUACCCAAACUGCUCUUAAGAGCUAUAUCCAUUACCGAGGUUUGCGCAACAGAGGAAAUUCGACAACUGCUUCAACAGGAAAGAAAUGGACUUCGGUGACUUGGUUUCGAAGUGAGCCAUUGAGUUCCCGGUAGAAAACAAACCGUAAUCUCUCUCUACAUGAAGGGAUAUCAAGUCAACUGAAUAACAAACAACAACUUUUAAUAUUUUAAUAUGUAAAUAAUAUAAUAUUCAUUUAGCUAUGUCCAGUUUCCAUCAAAUUUAAAAAUUCACCUAACUUGGCAAUAAAUUAAUAUGAAAAUAAGUGUUAAUUAUUUCCAAGGAGAUACUGCUUCAACCGCUGAAAAUAUUUGUAGAGUUGAAUUUACUGUAACAUGUUAGGAUUCGGAAACACUUCAGUGUCACGUUGCUGUUAGCUUAGACAUAUCAAGAGUAAAGCGGUCCACGUUGAACGGUUUGUAGAGUCUGUUUGGUGACAGUAAACUUUCCACGGCUGUUCGUUUAUCACAGUGACCUAUAAUCCAUUGAAGUCUAUCCUGAAAUAUACAAAAUAUACCAGCUUUAAUACAAGAAUUCCUGUGAUUUUAUUUAACUGUUUUAGCUAGGUAGAGAAGACAGGCUCACAAAGUAUUACAGGAGUGAUAAAACAUUUGGUGUAAUUAGA